CUCAAGUGAAAACACUUUUACCUUGUAUCAUGGAUAGGAUCAGAACUCCGGUUGUGUUCUGCCAUAAGAAAAGGCAGAAAAGAAUUCAUUCCCCACAUCUCUCCUGCAAUUAUGAAAUAAAGUUCAAUAAGUUUGUCAUUUUUAUUAUGCAGAGGAAGAUGGGAAUGAGCAGAAGGACAUUUCUGAUGGAGCUGGCAAGAAGAAAAGGUUUCAGAGUAGAAAGUGAGCUAAGUGACUCUGUCACUCAUAUUGUGGCCGAGAACAACUCUUACCUGGAGGUGCUGGACUGGCUGAGAGGACAGGCUGUGGGUGACAGCUCCAGGUUUGAAUUGCUGGAUAUCUCCUGGCUCACAGCCUGCAUAGAAGCAGGAAGACCAGUUGAUUCAGAAAUGAAGUAUCGGCUCAUGGAACAAGAUCAGUCUCCUACUUUGAAUAUACCUACACUGGAAAUGCCAUCGUUUAUUGCAAGCAAAGUACCUCAGUAUUCGUGUCAAAGGAAGACAACUUUAAAGAACUACAACAAGAAAUUCACGGACGCCUUUGAGAUAAUGGCUGAAAGUUAUGAGUUCAAGGAAAAUGAAAUAUUCUGCCUGGAAUUUCUGAGAGCAGCUUCUGUGAUGAAAUUUCUUCCAUUCCCAGUAACCAGGAUGAAAGAUAUACAAGGGCUGCCCUGCAUGGGAGACCGAGUCAGAGAUGUCAUUGAGGGGAUUAUUGAAGAAGGAGAAAGUUCUAGAGCUAAAGAAGUGUUAAAUGAUGAGCGAUAUAAAUCAUUUAAGCAAUUUACUUCAGUCUUCGGAGUGGGAGUGAAGACUUCCGAGAAAUGGUACAGGAUGGGUUUACGAACUCUGGAAGAGGUGAAGGCUGACAAGACCCUGAAGCUGUCAAAAAUGCAGAAAGCAGGGUUUCUCUACUAUGAAGACCUUGUUAGCUGCGUAUCUAAGGCAGAAGCGGAUGCAGUAAGCUUGAUUGUCAAGAAUGCUGUCUGUAUGUUUCUACCAGAUGCUUUAGUUACCAUUACUGGUGGUUUCAGGAGGGGUAAGAAGAUUGGACAUGAUAUAGAUUUUUUGAUCACCAAUCCAGGGCCUAGUGAAGAUGAGGAACUUCUGCAUAAAGUUGUUGACUUAUGGAAAAAACAGGGCUUACUCCUCUACUGUGAUAUGGUUGAAUCAACAUUUGUAAAGGAACAACUACCAAACAGAAAUGUUGACGCCAUGGAUCAUUUUCAGAAGUGUUUUGCAAUUUUAAAAUUAUAUCAGCCAAGAGCAGAGAACAGCAGUUACAACAUGUCAGAAAAAAUUGGUAUGGCAGAAGUCAAAGACUGGAAGGCAAUCCGUGUGGAUCUGGUCGUAACACCCUUUGAACAAUAUGCGUACGCUCUGUUAGGCUGGACGGGCUCCAGGCAAUUUGGACGUGAUUUGCGGAGGUAUGCUGCUCACGAAAGGAAGAUGAUACUGGAUAACCAUGCCUUAUAUGAUAGGAACAAGAGGACCUUUCUCAAAGCUGGAAGCGAGGAAGAAAUCUUUGCACAUCUUGGCUUGGAUUAUGUUGAACCAUGGGACAGGAAUGCUUAAGCUUGAUUUGCCAGUGUAUGUUUACCAGUUGACAGCAGUGGUCUUUCUGUCUACCCUGCAGUUUGAUUUAGUUCUAUAAUGUACAUUUCUACAACUAAAGAUUUUAAGUAUAUAUCAGCUAGAAGCAGAAUAUAUGCUGAUGCUCUUAGAAGAGUUUAAAUUCCUAAGGAUCCUUUCCAGCAUUUUCUGGUUUAGGUUUUGAAGUUUCUAUAUGGGAAUGAUAAAAUAGAGCUCAGGUUUGGGGGAAUACUUGAAGCUGGUGAGAUUGAUGCUUGUGAUAGGAGUUUAAUAUUCCUUUGACAAAUACUUGCUUGUUAAAAUACUGUCAGCUAUGAAAAUACAUAAAUAAUCCCAAAUAUUUGAGCUGAAUCUGAAAAAUUAGCAGCUAGACAUAUCUGGAAGCAUGAGCCCACUUCAAACUCUGUACAGUGUGGCAGAAGAGUUAGAAUCAACAGUAAUGAUGUUUCUGAACCUGUGAAGGGCUGGUGAGGCCUGGGGGCCUGGAAACAAGCAAGCAUUUGUUAUUUUAACAGACCUCUGCACGGAACAAGAAGAGGGGAAGAAUUCUAGAUUAGUGCAUUUUAUAUCUCCUAAAUUAUUAGAAUAAUUAAUAGAUCUUCUUUUUAAGGCAGCUAAAGGAAAUAAAUUUUUGGUACCUUGUUGUUUGGAAACAAAUCCUAGCAAACUAAUUCAGCCUGGGGGUGUUUUUUUUAAAUGUCUGCCCUUUCUCUCUUGCUUCUACACUAUGACAGUUUGGCAAAUGGUAUGAGAAAGAUCAUUUGGUUUAUAACCAUAUAUAUAUUAAAUCUCUUAAAAUGGAUCAGUGACUGUCUUGGGGGUGGGGGGGAGAAAGAAAGAGAAGGCAAAAUUUAAAAAUAAACCCUUCACACUUCUUUCACCUUUUGUGGUGACUUGAGAUUUGCCAAACACCCCAAAUAAUGCUUUGCAGUGAUAAACAUGGUAUAACACACCGUGUUAGGCCUUGCAAUAUAGGCAUUAAAACCCUAACAAAUUCAAAUGCCUUGCUAUAAACUUCUGAAGGUGAAAACAAGUCAUGUUUAGAUUGGUUAGAAAUAAUGUAUUUGAUGCCAUCGGUGAACACAGGUGGUGUAAUACACUAAAUGGAAUCUACAUUGCUCAACAGAAUUGCAGAUCUAUAAAUUCACAUAGCAGGCAUUGAAAACUUCAAGGCUCACAGACUUUGUCAAAAUCAGAAACCUGAAAACUGCUGCUACUGUACCUUAAUAACUCCAGAACUUAACUCCCAAAUUCUGCAUAGCUUAUAAUCCCCAGAAGAAUUGUGUUUCUGUAGUUUAUGGUCAGAAUUGUUUGGAAUUUUCAGGUGAUGUCAUUCCUUAGCAUGAAAUUUAUUUUUUCAGCUUUUGAGCAGCUGUUUCUUUCUGUGAUACAGCUUCCUUCAGCAACUGCAGGUAAAAUAAUCAAGUCCUGUGUCUAAAAGGUUAAUCGAAGUCACAUAAACAAUUGAAGACAGGAAACUCUGAGAACCUUCCAUAGAGGUUGAGCUUCUACUGGUAUGGCUGUCCAUCUAUCUAGGAGACAAUGUUACUGGCUUUGCCUUUAAGGGCCCAGUAGGGACUGCAUCUGUAAAACUAUCAUGUGCGUAACUGCAGGUGACACAGAGCUUCAGAACUGUAAAUUGGUUGAUCUCUAUCUGUAUUUAUGUCAAGCCUCCCUGCAGUCUUCCUCCCUCUCACACUCCCUUAUAUUCCUCGCCCUUUUGACCCUUUCCAGCUCAGCCAUGAGGCUAAGAUGAUUUACCUGCUUACAGCUAGCAAAGGUGUUGUCUCUGCAGUCUGCCAUUGCAAGCGAAAGGUUUUGGCUGUGCUUGCAGCCAGGGCCCAGACACCUACCUGUUCAGGUCUGGCCACUGUCUGGGUCACCACGUUUCUUUUGCGUUGCAACCAUAGCUGUUCCUGCCUGUGUUUGCCAUGGCAUGCCCAGAUGACUUCCUCUGUCCCCUCCUGUUUUGCAUCAACUUCACUGUCUUUCUUUUCAGGAAGUUAUACAUUGAGACAAGGAAGAAAGGUCUUAGUUUGUAAAGAGUAGGUCAUUUCUCUGAAAGGGAAUGUGUAGAUUAUAUUCAAGAAAUUGGUGAUUGUAACAUUGGGAUGAAAAAAAACAAAUAAUAAAAACCCUAUCCCAGCACUUCAAAGAUAAAAUAGUAAUCUUUAUGUGAUUCUAGCCACUAAAAAAGAGAUGACUUGGAAUCACCUUCACAGCUGGGUAGAGAAGCUGAGGAAUUUAUCUGGUUUCAGAAAUGGAGCUUGACAAGAUUAUGUAGUUGCAUAGUUAAGCAGCAGUGUUUCUGCAGUUUAGAAAUAUUGCUGAUGAUAGAACUCUGAAAACAUUCAAUUUUUGGUAGCCUAAAGAUAGACUGAAAGAGCAUAUGGUCCCAUGACUUCCAUUUGUGUAUUCCAUGAAUGCAAGGGCUAGGAAAUUUUGCUUUUGCAUACAUCUGAAACACAAAAGAUCAGAGAAAAUGUUGAACAACAUAGCAAGAUCAAUACUUCCAGUGGUCCUCAAAUCUUUGUGGUCUGGUUUAAACCAUAUUAAUGAUGUAUGAGUUAGUUUUCUGUGUCUUAAGAUAUUGGAGAUAUGAUUCUGUGCCCUCUGGUCCUUUGCACUAUGCCUCUUAAGUCUUUUAAAGGCUGAUAGAAAGUAGGGGAUUUUUGUGUUAGCAUUAUGUGAGUGGAAAGUAGUUGUUCUGGAAAUCCUUCAAUAGUUGUUGCAGGGUUCUUGACAAAUGAUAGAUGAUAUGAUCUGAAUCCUUCAUGGUAUCAACACUAAAAAGGAGACAAAUACCAAUAUCUGUUUGGGCAAUAUGUUAGAAUUACUGAAGGAAUAUGAAUAUUUCUCUCCUGUUCUGCCUCACCACUCACUCACAGUUAGAUUUGACAUCAUUAAGGAGAAGAGGUUGUGUAUCUGAAAAACCCAACUGUCAAACACAGUGCUUCCUGUUGGAGGGGCUUGCAGCCCCUUUCUUUACCUGCUUUCCCAGAGUUUCCAUUUGACUACAUGUUACCAGAAAAUGGAUAAUUGAGCAUCUUUAAGCAAGUUUCCUUUUGAUGCCUAAUGAACUAUAUAUUUUCAAAAUAAUGCUGCAAGCCACUCUGGUACAUGUGUGUAUACAGAGAAAGAUUUUCAAAGGCACUCAAGUGAGAAAUAAAGUGUAUAUGAGUGGGCCAGUCCACUAUCAAUUGAAGUGACAGAUGGCUGCUAAGACAAUCUGCACUGAAUGAUAAAUGACUAUACAUAAAACUUAGAAGCCACCAAUAAACUCAGAAAAUAUGUCCAAGAAACAUGUGAAGUUCCAUGAUUGUACAAAAUUACUGGCAAAUCAAGAAUUUCAAGCUGUUGAAAAGAAGAAAGGCUGAACAAAGAAUAAACAUUUUUUGAAGGGACAGGUAUGAAGACUAAUCACAGGUGUCAGUUGUGAACUUUAAUGUUAGAGUUACUUCAGUCCCGGAGAAAUCAAAAUAACUGAAAUGUGAUGUGGCAAAUCCCCCAAGAAGCAAGUAUUUCUCAUGCCCAGUAACAUGGGUACAGAUUACAUCCUGCAAAACAAAACUUUGGUGUAUAAGGUGGGAGAAAUUAGCCACAGACAAACAGGUAAAAAGUAAUGAAAAUGAGUAAUGAUGAUCUAUUAUGAGUUACGCUUUUUAAGGUGAGGUUGUAAUAUUUGUAAAACAAUACUGAGGGCCUGCCUGAGAGCUGAGGUAAAUUCCAUUAGCAGAGCUCAAGAAAAGCAAAUGACAUAAAACCUCAUAGCAUGACAUGCACAUAUCUCAAAGGCUAGUUGUGACAAACCAUUAUUCUGGGCAAUUACGUUGUGCUGGUGGGAAAGGAGAAUGGUAUCUUCAAGUGUCCAGCUUCCAGAUUCUGUAAUCUCAACAACUCCUUAAAACAAACCAAGUAGCAUUGACAGUUAUUGCAACAGAACUUGACUGCAGAGUGUUUGUUUUAAGCAGUAAACCAGGUUAAAAAGGCACACGGCCUUUGGAAGAAGAGUAGAGAAAAUGUUUUUCUAUAGGCAGAGGUUUUUCAAAUAAAAAAGAAUGCACUUAUGGGUAACUCUUGCAAGAAAAGACUUAGUCUCCACCAGAAAGCUUUCAGGCUUAGCUAGUGGAUUGAUAUUAAAAUCUGAAUUGCACUAUUAGCAAGAGCUAAGGGUUGUUGAAAAUAUUAGGUAUAGGGAUGUAUUGAUCGAAACAGCAAAGAAGGAAAACUGCAAGUUUGAUUUAGAAGAUAUUAAAUUUGUACCAAUAGAUAAAGAUAACCAAUAGUUUGUGUGUAAGGUCCUGCUUAAUGUGAUUCAAAGAGGAUGAAGAACAAAAUUACAUUGUCAUUUGAUGUUACCCACUUCUGAUACCUUUUGUUUCUUUGCUUGUUUGUUUUCUUCCUCCACAAUUUUCCUUUUUCCCCCCAAAAUUCUUUGCUCUGGUUGAUGGAUAAGUCUAUUUUGCCUUUGUAUCUCUUCAAUAAGAUCAUGCAAACAGCUAUAUAAUAUUAAGUAUUAGUUGAAUUUCAUUGCAAAUAGUAUGCUUAAAAGCAGAUGAAGAUAGCAUCUCACAUGAUUAUGCUGACAAUGGUUUCUAAGGAAACAGAGGUUUAAGCCUAAAAUUCUUAGCUUUCUGUAUGUGAUUCAUAUAUUUGUUUUUAUAUGGAUAUUCUAUUGUAAAAUGCAAAAGUUAUCGUUUUAGCUUUCACUUUUCAUACAAAGCUAAUCAAGAAAGUAUUAUUAGUACUAUGCUUUGGGUACUGUGGAAGAGAAUACUGUUGGGACUAUUUGAUCUAUCUCUUUUAGGAAGUUAUUUAGCAGGGUAUUCCAGAUACUUCCUAGAGGCAGUCUAGGUUCCCACACCCCAAAAUAAUAAAAAAUUAAUAUAAUCUGAGAAUAAAAUAAAAGCCAAAUUUGAAUUUAACCUUCAUUUAGCAGGACUAUCAUAGUGCCCCAAAAUAGCAACAUAUUGUUCAACUUGCAAUUAUUUCACUUAAUUUGUGAAGUCCUUAAAGGUGUAAAUAAAGUUUAUCAAGUUUUGUUUCUGGGAAUAUAUUACUUAGAAUUAUAGCUCAGAAAAUUGGCAAUUUUUACAAAAGUAAUUCCCUUUCAAAGUUGAACAUUUGACAACUGCAAACAGAAUAAGUAAGCAUGAAACAAAAAAGGUAAUAACAAACUCCUAUCUCUCCUGUUCUGCUCUUUCCCUCCCUCCCCAUUUUAAUGAUUGUUUUUGAUAAAUAUUACCUUUUUAUCAAUAAAUAAAUGGGUUCCUUGACUGUGUUAUCUAACUGAUUUUUUUUCCAAGAUGCUACAGCUAUUAAAAUGAUCUUAUGAAAAUACAAAACUGCUUAUAGAAUGCAUUAACAUUCAUGACUGAUAAUGCAAAUGUGAAUUAUGUCAUGGUGCACUCACUAUACCAUCUGCUCCAGAAAGAAAAACAUCUGUUGGUAAAUGUAAACUGUGGAGUUUGUGUGGUAUGUAAUAUGCUCAGAUACUGUAUGGAAUAGAUAAGUUGGACGUUGAUAAUCUAUUGUGUUAGAAGUGUUCAACUACUUUCUCAUGCUGAAAAGAGGAAGAACUCAGCUGCAAGUACUUUUGAAAUGGCAGAGGAAAUUAUUGUGUCGUGUCUCAUCCAGAUGGCUUUUGCUGAAGCCAGUCACUUACAAGCUGCUGCAAUCAUUAUCUGUAGUUCUGAGAUGCUUUAACAUAGCAUGAACAUAAAUAAGUGUAGUCAUCUACAACAGAAUUUUUGUGAUGGUGAUGACGCUGCCAUUUUUUAUGUUAUUGGAACUGGCUGAAUUUUAUGGCUUUCUAGGAUGGAAAUAGUCACAGAACUUGCAUAUUUAAAUGUGUGAAUGAUAAAGAAGAUUAGCAUCAAUAGAAGACUGUAUUUUCAAAGUGCUGCACGAAUGAAAAAAUGGGAAAUGGGCAGUAGUUCUAUAAUUCUAAGGGCCAUGCCAGCACUUACAAUAUCUGAUCUUAUAAAAUCUAUCCCUUGUAAAAUCUAAA